CGUGUCCCUCGUCACCAAUGCCACUGCACAUCCUCUUCUACCUUCUUGCUAUCAUCACGACAGUCGAAGCAUCAGAGGCUCGACACAAUGCUACUACAGUGACAACACCUACUGAUCCGUGGUUCUUCGUUAUGGUUAUCGACGCUGGAUCAAGUGGAUCACGUAUGAAAGUAUUCCAAUACCGUCUACCUCCACCAAUUGAUAAUUCAUCGGCGGCGGACUCAUUCGACAGAUACAUCGUGUUCCCCGAACUCAUCGGCUCGUUUAAGACAUCGCCUGGUAUAUCUUAUUCGGCGUUAGCACCUAGUGGUGUGGUGAAGUCAUUGUUGGCUCUAGUAGAAUAUGCCAAAGGUCGACUGGCUGCUGUGAGGCCAUUCUGGAAAUACUUCCCUAUUUACUUGAGGGCUACGGCUGGAAUGCGAGAUGUGGUGCCAGCCCGACGAGAUGCUCUGAUGAAAGAGUGUAUUCGAUACCUCAAGGAGACGCCAUUCUAUUUUAGAGAGGAUUACGCCCAAGUGUUAUCAGGCGAGGAGGAAGCGGCUUUCGGGUGGUUAUCUCUCAACGCCGAUAACCGCACGCUUGCCGGCUACAAUCAAGACGCUAGUCUCGGUUGGCUUGAUAUGGGAGGAGCCUCCUUCCAAGUCGCCUUCGUCCCAACACGAGCGCAUUAUGUCUUGCAGAAUCUCUUCCCUCUAGCUUUGUCCCCCAGAGGAUAUUCCUCCAUUCGUUCCCCCUCUAUGAACAACAACCGCAUUUCUUCUUGCAGACUGUACACGAAGUCGUAUCUGCACUAUGGUUUGGUUGAGGCUAACAGACGAGUGAGCGCCGCGAUAAUAUCGAAGGAACUCCUGAGGGUGGACUCUGUGUCAACCAUCAACAAUCCCUGUUACUUCAAAGGCAUGGACUACCAGCCAGACUUCGCUACUGCACUAUUCCAAAUACCUUUGGCAGUAGUUAUGCGAGGCACUGGCGACUUUGAUAAGUGUGCAUCGUUGGUCCGGCAGCUGUUUGGGUCGAGCAACACCCUUUGUUGGGUUAGAGACUGCACUUUCGACGGUGUGUAUCAACCCAGGAUAGAUAACACACGAUUCGUCGCGGUCAGCAACUUUGCUACGGUAAACCGGUGA